AUGGGACUCCAGGCUGGGACACCCUGGCUGCAGCGGGACCUUGUCCUCCUGCCCACCCUGGUGGCAAUGCUUCUCCUCUGUGCCAGCGCUGGCCCAGCCGUGCCCACUGCCAGCCCCCGGAGCGCCUCAGCGUUCCCCCCAGACUGCAGCCACCUGCGCAAGAACAGCCCCAGCGGUGUGUACGUCAUCCAGCCGGCCCGCUCCCCGCCGCGCGUGGUCUGGUGCGACAUGGACACCGAGGGCAAGGGCUGGACCGUGGUCCAGAGAAACUCUCAUGACACUGAGCUCAACUGGAAGCAAUCCUGGACCACCUACAAGUAUGGCUUCGGGAACGUGCACAGCGAUUACUGGCUGGGCACCGAGUACCUGCACCUGCUGACGCAGCAGGGCACCUACAAGGUGCGCUUCGUUGUGCGGGACAAAACCAACGUCACCCACUACGCCGAGUACGACAUCUUCAGAGUGGAGAGCGAGGCCAGCGGGUACCCGCUGAGGCUGGGCCGGCAUUCUGGUGAUGGGGAUGACUACCUGACCCUCUACCACCCCAAGAAGGGGGGCAUUCACGACAACAUGAAGUUCAGCACGGUCGACAAGGACCAGGACCAGUACAGCGGGAACUGUGCCAAGAGCUACGGGGGGUGGUGGUACAACAGGUGCCAGAACGUCCUGCUCAAUGCCAAAAACUACAUUGUUUGGCCAGGAUUCUGUGAUAAUGGUGACUGCGCAUCCUCCCUCAUCCUGGUCAAACCCACAGAUGUGUGUUGA